AUGUCGACCCAGACCUCCGGAUUUCGGCCUGUGGGCUUCUCAUUCACCCAGCCCCAACAAUCAUUCCGGCUCAUAGAACUUCCGCCUGACUUGGUGGAUCUAAUAGAAACGAAAUCCAACGACAGAAGACCUGUACGAUUACAAUUCAAAUCAUCAAUAUCUCAGAACUCAGGCACACCAAAUAGCCAUGACCCUUCAAAUACCCUAACCGAAGGCCAUCUUCAUCUCUGCAGUGAUGAUAAGGUAUGGGCGGUCAAACAGGUCAGCACCAGCAAUAGCGUCCAUGUCACCCAGACAUGUCCAUCAAUCAUCAGAAAGGGGACGUCUAGCAACGGUGACGUCCACAUGGACAUCGAUAUGGAUAUUGAUACAUAUUCUGACCCCAACCAAAAUCGAGAAAUCACCGCAAUUGCUCAAGUCAAGAAUGUUCUGGAACUCAUCCCCGUUGAGCCGGAUUUGGCCGCCAUCGAACUCCAAAUCAGAUCCCUAAUCCCAUACAGCACCGAUCCCACAGCAGACGACACCUAUACCAUCUCUAGACCAAGGCCCAGUUCUUCAAACCCCGUGACACUGAACCAAAUUCUCCAAGAUAUCGCAGCACCACGAAGAUCCAUCCUCAGUAUUGCCACAAAACUAUUCCUCUGCCUAUCCGACACCAACAAAUCCAUCAACUCAAAAUCCGUCACUAUCCCAACUCCCACACGCCUCCUAUCUGCCUGGCAAGACUUCAUCCAGGUCUGCAACAUUCGAGGGAUCCACAUCGACUCGGACAAAGCUACCGACCAUAGUAUCAAGUCUGAAAAAUUCGGAUCGAUUUUCGCUGAAAUGGACAGCGACGCCGAAGCAGACUCGAUAUCAAAUUCGCCCACCACCACCCAUAUCGAUAUCCUCCGGGCAAUCCUACGACGCUUCAGAGCUCUCCCACCCCCCGAGUCCACCGCCACCCAAGCCCCCGACCCCGAAGACCUAGUCGACAAAGCAUGGGAGACUAUCCCCGUCCAGGGCGACUGGAAUGCCGAAGAUCUGACUUUGACUAUCGGACAAUGGAUUCUUCAAGCCGCACAGACACAACCAAACGAUACAACCAGUGCUGUAGGUCUACCCGCCCAGUCCUUCAUCGAGAAAUGGUCACAUCUUGUUUCAGAGACAUGGACCUCAUACUGUCAAAUCCCCGUUCUGGUGACACGUGCAAAACAAAACGGUGUUGAAAUCGAAAUCUCAAAGAUAUCCCAAACCAAAGAUGGAGCUGAAUCAAUAGAAGAAGUAAUCAGGAUUACCCAACAGCAGAACCAGCUCCAUCAUACUGGUGCAGGUUUAUUUGGUGUUGGCAACAAAUCCACUUCCCACGGGAAAAGUGUAUUAGCAUCAGGUGCAUUGACGGCGUCAGCAGCCAAGGCUGCUACGGGUUCUGCAGAGACGGAUUCCAAGAAACGGAAAUGGCAUGAUAAGUUCGCGGCGAUGAGGAAUAAUAAAAAGUAAAAAAGCAAUGGACAAGUGGAUUAUG